AUGCCUAUAACUUGGGAUCACGAAGCUGAUGCAAAGCUUCUCCUCAGGAUCUUCACUACCAGCAACAUCAAUCUUGACUACGAAGACCUUGCCAAGCACAUGGGACCCGAUUGCACUAUCAUCGCUAUCAGGAGCAGAAUUCAACGCCUCAGAGUGGAUCCUAGGGCUGGAAUUGCUGUCAAUGGCGACUCUUCUGCUCCUGCUACUCCGGAGAAGCGCAAACGCGGCCGCGGAAAGAAGGACGCCGCGGACAAAGACAAGGCUAGUCCUAAGAAGAUUAAAAAAGAGGAGACAGAUGAGAACGGUUCCGAUGUUGUUGACAGCGCUUGA